AUCAGCUAACAAAAGAACAGCUUUUGGUUCCUGCAGACGCUGGUGAAAAAAUAAUCAUGAGAAAGACAUCAACCUUAUGCCGUCUUUUUUGUCUGCAAAUAAAAACUCAGCCAUCAUACAACUAACAGGUACAGAGGGAAGAUACAAGCUCUUUCAUGGGAAGAAAUUACAGAGAAAAUGAGCAUCAUUUCUCAAAGGUUUUUAUUUUCCCUGAUCUGCAAGUGAUGCUGCUGUAAUUCUAGCUGCAGUUUUUACCGAUCAUUCACCACUCAGCAGCUGGUAGAGAAGUAAGACUGCUUGGCAACCACCUGCAGGGCUGCAGAGAUGAAUUACAUUUUCGGGAACAACACACUUCUAUACUCUCGCGCCAGUCGAGGAGGCAAUACUAGCUCUAGCCAUGGCUCAGUAGGCCCAAAGCAGAAACAUUGGGCAAAAAAGGGUUCAUCAGAUGAACUGCAAGCUGAGCCAGAACCUUCACGCUGGCAGCAGAUAGUUGCAUUUUUCACUCGAAGACACAGCUUUAUUGACUGCAUCUCGGUAGCCACCAGCUCCACCCAGGCAAAUCCUCCUCCAGUACUGGUCAACACAGAUAGCUUGGAAACGUCAACUUAUGUUAAUGGCACUGAUGCAGAUUAUGAAUAUGAAGAAAUCACACUUGAAAGGGGAAAUUCAGGGCUUGGUUUCAGCAUUGCAGGAGGUACGGACAACCCACACAUUGGAGAUGACUCAAGUAUUUUCAUUACCAAAAUUAUUGCAGGGGGAGCAGCUGCCCAAGAUGGAAGAUUACGGGUCAAUGACUGUAUAUUGCGAGUAAACGAAGUAGAUGUUCGUGAUGUGACACAUAGCAAAGCAGUUGAAGCAUUGAAAGAAGCAGGGUCUAUUGUACGCUUGUAUGUAAAAAGACGGAAACCUGUAUCAGAAAAAAUAAUGGAAAUAAAGCUGAUUAAAGGUCCUAAAGGUCUUGGGUUCAGCAUUGCUGGAGGUGUUGGAAAUCAACAUAUUCCUGGGGAUAAUAGCAUCUAUGUAACCAAAAUAAUUGAAGGAGGUGCAGCACAUAAAGAUGGUAAACUUCAGAUUGGAGAUAAACUUUUAGCAGUGAAUAGUGUGUGUUUGGAAGAAGUUACUCAUGAAGAAGCAGUAACUGCCUUAAAGAACACGACUGAUUUUGUUUAUUUGAAAGUGGCAAAACCCACAAGUAUGUAUAUGAAUGAUGGCUAUAUACCACCUGAUAUCACCAGCUCUUCUUCUCAACCUGUUGAUAACCAUGUUAGCCCAUCUUCCUAUUUGGGCCAUACACCAGCAUCACCAGCCAGAUACUCACCUGUUUCAAAAGCAAUGCUUGGAGAUGAUGAAAUUACAAGGGAACCUAGAAAAGUUGUUCUUCAUCGUGGCUCAACAGGCCUGGGUUUCAACAUUGUAGGAGGUGAAGAUGGAGAAGGAAUAUUUAUUUCCUUUAUCUUGGCUGGAGGACCUGCUGAUCUUAGUGGAGAGCUCAGAAAAGGAGAUCGUAUUAUAUCGGUAAACAGUGUUGACCUCAGAACUGCCAGCCAUGAGCAAGCAGCAGCCGCUUUGAAAAAUGCUGGCCAAGCUGUCACGAUUGUUGCGCAAUAUCGGCCUGAAGAAUACAGUCGUUUUGAAGCCAAAAUACAUGACUUACGGGAGCAGAUGAUGAAUAGUAGCAUUAGUUCAGGAUCAGGUUCUCUUCGAACUAGCCAGAAGCGAUCCCUCUAUGUCAGAGCCCUUUUUGAUUAUGACAAGACUAAAGACAGUGGCCUUCCCAGUCAGGGAUUGAACUUCAAAUUUGGAGAUAUCCUCCAUGUUAUUAAUGCUUCUGAUGAUGAAUGGUGGCAAGCCAGGCAGGUUACACCAGAUGGGGAGAGUGACGAAGUUGGGGUAAUUCCCAGUAAACGCAGAGUUGAGAAGAAAGAACGAGCCCGGUUAAAAACAGUGAAAUUUAAUUCUAAAACAAGAGGAGAUAAAGGGGAGAUCCCUGACGACAUGGGAUCAAAAGGCCUGAAGCAUAUAACUUCUAAUGCCAGCGAUAGUGAAAGUAGUUACCUAAUCUUGAUUACAGAUGAGUAUGGCUGCUCAAAAGGUGGUCAAGAAGAAUAUGUCUUGUCUUAUGAGCCAGUGAAUCAACAAGAAGUUAAUUAUACUCGACCAGUGAUCAUAUUGGGACCUAUGAAAGACAGGAUAAAUGAUGACUUGAUCUCAGAAUUUCCUGACAAAUUUGGAUCAUGUGUUCCUCAUACAACUAGACCAAAACGAGACUAUGAGGUAGAUGGAAGAGAUUAUCAUUUUGUGACUUCAAGAGAACAGAUGGAAAAAGACAUUCAAGAACAUAAAUUUAUUGAAGCUGGCCAGUAUAACAACCAUCUGUAUGGAACAAGUGUUCAGUCUGUGCGGGAAGUAGCAGAAAAGGGCAAACACUGUAUCCUCGAUGUGUCUGGAAAUGCCAUAAAGAGAUUACAGAUUGCACAACUUUACCCAAUCUCCAUUUUUAUUAAACCCAAAUCCAUGGAAAAUAUCAUGGAAAUGAAUAAGCGUCUAACAGAAGAACAAGCCAGAAAGACAUUUGAGAGAGCCAUGAAACUGGAACAAGAAUUUACUGAACAUUUCACAGCUAUUAUACAGGGAGAUACUCUGGAAGACAUUUAUAACCAAGUGAAGCAGAUCAUAGAAGAACAGUCUGGUCCUUACAUCUGGGUUCCAGCAAAAGAAAAGUUAUGAGGACUGAUGUUUCUCUUUUCCACAGUCCAUUUUCUCUGACACUUCUUUGCCCUUUCCUUUUGGAGUCUGUCUACAAUACUCCUUCCACAUUGAGUCACAUCCCACUCAUCAUGGUCUGCAGUUGUGCUUAGUUUUGACAUCUAGGGUCUCCUUCAAGUUGUAGCAUCUGUAUUAUUUUAUGUCACUAUUGGUUUGUGGCCAUUUUUCAGAACUGAAGAUGGAAUGGCCUGACCAGCUAUUAAGGAUUUGGGGAGACUGGGAAAUUGUGGCAAAAUUCCUUAAUGUUUAAGGGAAAGUAACUUUAAGAGAUUUUCAGAAAAGCUUUAUAUACAUUCUUUUCAAAUUUCAGUAUAAAUGAAAGAAAAGUGGUGUAAAUCAGUGAUUUAGUAAACUUUGAGCAACAGUGCACGCUUAACUUUAAUAGCAUGGUUUGGCCAAUAUAUUAACUCUCAAGUCCUUUUCUCAAUUGACUUGUGUUAUCAAAGCAAUUAUUUCAUUAUAGACAAAUAAGGAAAAUAUGUUUUUUAAUUUCAAAAUUAAUGUCUGCAUUAACUUUUAUAAUUUCACAAGGGAUAUUCAUUUUUCAUAAGAGUUCUUCAUGUCUUUUAUUGUUUGAGGGUUUUUUUCUCAACACAUUUGCUAGAAAUAGCAGUGUUAAAAAUGUUUUUAAUCUACUUGUGCAGCACUGUUUAUAGUGUCUUACAAAAGUUCAUACAUAAUGAUCAUCACAUUCUCUGAAUCGAGGCCGUGUUUAGGUGCUAGGGGAGCUCACCUUUUACACAUAAGGUUGAGGAAACUUCAUAGACAUAAAUACAGACAGAACAGACAUUACGGUGGUGAUGUAGUAAUCAUUAUGGCAAUGGAAAAGGAGUCCAGUUCAUAGUCUAAAACUUUAAAUGUAUUCUUAGGGAUCAGAUUUUAAUGAAUAUUUUACCCACAGUAACUGCCUAUUUUGUUAUAAUAAAAUAUAUAUAUAUAUAUAAAUAUAUAUAAAACUUUCUUUAACUAAACUCUGUAACUAUGGGAAUUAUUUUCUUUACAUAGUUGCACACACACACAAACAUAUAUAUAUAUUUAAAAUAUAUUUUUUCUUUUGCCACCUACUCUUAACUUUUUGUUUGGUUUUUAAAUUAAAUAUUGAUUAGACUUUAUCUUCCUUAAUCAUGUGAACUGAAAAAGGGGGUAUGGUGGUUGUGGAAAGAAACCUUUAGGGAAAGUAGAUUACAUACAGAAGUAUAGGCGUGUUCUCCUCUUUUCUACAAAAGUUUUCAAAUGGUUCCUGGUUCUGUUUUGGGGUUUUUGUUACUGUUGUUCUUGUCAUUGGGUUUGGAUUUGGUCUUCUGCCUCUCUUUCCAGCUUUCCUUUCACUAAUAGGCAGAUAAGCAAAAGCCUUGUGUGUGUUCCCCUCAGACUGCACACUUUCCACCUCUCGUAGCUGCUGUGCGCUAGAGUUGCCCAGAUCUUCAUGGUGAGCAAUUUUAAGAAACUUUAGUGAAAGGUAGAUAUGAUUUCAGAAAUCAACUUCUCUGGUCUUUUAAUAAUAUUGUUUGGCUUCCCUUUGCUUUUUUGGAGUUGUUUAUUAAAUAUGUGUUUUUCACAGCCUCCUCAUUACAGUUUCUUAAAUGAGUACUGGUUUGUAAAGGAUUAUCAACAUUAUCCAUUCCAUUUAUGAGAAAGAGGAGAACAGCUAAUAAACUUUGUUGUAAAAUCCAUAUGUUAAAUGUGUCUUGAAUUCUGAAAGAAAAUAUUGUUUACAAGCAAAUAUUUUCUUGAAACAACUUGGAGCAUCAUGUAAUUUAUAAACUGGAUUCAUGGGCCAUUAGGGAAC